GGAGAUCAUGGUGAGGAAGAUCUAGAUGUAAGAUAUGAAUUAUUGGCUUAGAAACAGGUUUGAAAAAGGAAUAAGGCUGGUUGUGAAGAAAAAUACAAUGGACUCUAGAAGGAAGCUCCAGUGUGUAUAGGUCUCCAGUUUGAGAAUCUUUGGGCAGCUCUGGUGGUGUCUGUGCAUUAGGACAAGAGAGCUCAAAGAGAAUCCCUGGGAGCAGAAGAGGCUUCACCUUUGACCUUGGCCUGCCUUCAAGGAAGAAAAUGGGCUGUGACCAGAACUGUGGCCUGUUGGCUGCUGCAGUCAUUGGUGCAGUUGUGGCUAUACUUGGAGGUGCCCUGAUACCAGUUGGAAACUAUUUCAUUGAGAAGACGAUAAAAAAGGAAGGAAUAAUUGAAAAUGGUACAAUUGCAUAUGAAAACUGGAUUGUACCUGGAAGUCCUGUAUACAGACAGUUUUGGAUCUUUAAUGUGGAGAACCCAUCGGCGGUGAUGGAGAAUGGGUCACGCCCAAUUCUGACACAGAGGGGCCCUUACACGUACAGGAUGCGAUAUUUACCUAAACAAAACAUCACUGAAAAUCCAGACUCGACAGUGUCUUACUUCUUGCCAAACAUUGCUCGCUUUGAACCUGCUCUUUCAAUUGGACCAGAAAAUGACACUUACACCGUUGUCAACCUUGCAGUUGUGGCUGCACCUGCCCUGUAUCCAAGUAGUUUUGUACAAACACUGCUGAAUGUUUGGAUGAAGUCUUCCAAGUCGUUCCUGCUUCAAAACAGAACAGUGAAUGAAUUGCUCUGGGGUUAUGAAGAUCCUUUUCUGAAGAAAGUUCCCUUUCCAAUUGAUAAGAAAGUGGGAAUUUUCCUUCCAUUCAAUGAAACACUUGAUGGCCUUUACACUGUCUACAGUGGGAAAGAUAGUAUAAGCAAGACUUCACUAAUCCAGAGCUAUAAAAACAAGAGUACCUUGUCAUUCUGGGAAGGUCCUUGUGACAUGGUCAAUGGGACAGAUGGGGCAUCAUUCCCCCCUUUUGUCAAGAGGGAUGAUGUGCUGCAGUUCUUUUCUUCUGACAUCUGCAGGUCCAUUUAUGGAGAAUUUGACAGUGAUCAGGUUGUGAAGGGGAUCCCUCUCUAUCGCUUCAUAGUGCCUCCAGGAGCUUUUGCUUCACCCCUCAUCAACCCGGAUAACAUCUGCUUCUGCCUAGAUAAAGUCAUUUCAAAGAACUGCACGAUAGCUGGGGCUCUGGACAUCAGUACGUGUAAACAAGGCAAGCCAGUGGUGAUUUCAUUGCCACACUUUUUGUAUGCAAGUGAAGAUAUCAAGGAAGGUGUUGAAGGAAUGAACCCAAAUAAAGAAGAGCAUAUGACUUAUUUAGAUAUUGAGCCAACAACGGGGUUUACGUUACAAUUUGCCAAAAGGCUGCAGAUCAACUUAGUGGUGAGGCCUGCUCCAAAAAUUACGGCUUUACAGAAGGUUGAUUUCCCUUUCAUGUUUCCCAUUCUCUGGCUCAAUGAGACAGCAGUAAUUGAUGACAGUAAAGCAGAGUUCUUCAGAUCCAAAGUGACAAAUAAGAUCAAAUUGCUACACCUGCUGGAAGCCGUGCUCAUCAUCUUUGGUGCUGCAAUAUUCCUGGGAUUUCUGGCCUCAUAUUUAAUUUGCAGAGCACAGAAAGUCAAAUAAGUAUCUCACUGCUUCAGCUGUAGGUCAUAGUUGCAAGGCUUUCAAGCAAGGUGGGGUGUAACUUCCAGAUAACCCUUCUGAUGGCCUCACUGAACUCUUGUUUUGUAAGUGCAAUUGCCAUAUGCCUUAUGGUAAGACACAUGCAGUGCCUGCACCCUGGCAAGGACCCCAUGCUGUUCAGGAGAGCUACUACACUGUUGUUUGAGACGUUGCUGAGAAAAUGUGAAUUCAUGGAUGAAAUUUAAGCUGGAGCUCUGGAAUUCAGUCCAUACCAAACUUGCCUCUCUUUUACCCUUCCUUAUUCCUUGGAAAGAAGUGACGUAAGUGGAAUUGUGCUCCUUCCCUCAAAUCUAUGUUCAUGAAUCUGUUGAUUGCUCUCCUCUUCCAGAGAUGUAAUCUUUUUUUUAAGUGUAAGUUUAUUGUAUGGAUUCACUAAUUGUAACACAGGAAUGAAAAUAAAAGUGUUAUUGGAAAGUAA